AGAAGAUGUGGAUGGAGGACCAGCGCGUGGGCACCAACUUCAGUGAAAUGGGUUUGGCCAAGGAUGUGAACAAGGCCAUUGCGAUUCCAAGCUACAAGAAGGAUCGCCUCCUCGCAGCGAGAGUGGUGAAUGGAUUUCUGGAGGAGGAGCUGGACGAGGACGAGCGACGGGCACUGGGCCUCAAGAAACCAGUCGUGGAGGAGGGUCCCAAGCGGGGACAUGUGGUCCAGGAACUAGAGCAGCUGGCCAGCGAGCGGGCCGACCCGGAAUUCAGAUUACCCAAGGGCGUGGUCAAGGAGCUGUCCUACUUCCUCGACAAGCACCAGUUCAACUACAAAGCCAUGGUCGCCGAUCGGAAGAACUUCAACCAGAGCACCUGGCGACAGUUCCGGCUGAAGAUCCGCAGAUUCAUGUCCAUUCCGGAGCAAUUCAACGUCUACCUGGAGCAGAAGAACCUGCCCGUGGGCGUGAAACCGGACUGGGAGGAGUACGAAUCGGACAGUGAAUGGAAAUAGAUGCUCCUGGCUUUUAAUUUACUUCCCUUUCGGUUCUUAUGCUAUUAUUUGUAAUGUUUAGACUUAAUUCUUUAAAUACACAGAACUAUAGACUUCCGUCAUUCUGUCGUACGACAGAAAGAGAAGCAAGAGAUAGAGGGCCUGUGGUCUCAUUCCAACGCGAAUGCGAAUUACUUGCAACGAGUUGUCAUUUUGCAAUUCGACUAGAGAUGC